AUGGAUAAGUUUCGGGAAUCUGUGCUUCAAGUACAUAAGGAUAGAAACAUGAGAUAUGAUGAUGGUGGUGGGCUGGAUUUUAUGGACAUAUUGCUUGAUUUUGAGAGAGAGAAUGCAAGUCUCACCCCUAUUGAAGAUGACACUAUCAAAGCUAUCGUUUUGGAUAUGUUUGGUGCUGGAACUGAUACUACAUUUGCAGUUAUUGAGUGGACGAUGGCGGAGCUCAUACGAAAUCCAGAAGCCAUGAAAACUUUGCAAAAUGAAGUGAGAGAAGUAGCUGGAAGUAAGAAUGAAAUUGAUGAGCAAGACUUGGAGAGAAUGCCUUAUCUGAAAGCAGUGAUGAAGGAGAGUCUAAGGUUGCAUCCGCCGAACCCAUGA